AUGGGUAGUAUAACGGACGCGACGAUUUUGCAUCAUGUAUGCGUUGUGCUGCUUUUGCUAUGGUGUCUCAAUUCGUUCGAAUGUUGCCAUCCCGUUGCCUAUUUUCUCUCUCUAAUAUAUCUCUAUCUGGUUCAUGAAGGGUAUGUGCUGAAAUUGAGAAAAAAACUGCAGUUUGAGGAAAAAAGAGAGUCUAAUCAAAGACGGGUGCUUUCUGAGUCUGAGACUGUUAGAUGGCUGAACCAUGCCGUCGAGAAGAUUUGGCUUAUCUGCAUAGAGGAGAUAGUUUCUCAGAAGAUUCUUCUCCCUAUAUUCCCAUGGUUCUUGAAAAAAUAUAAGCCUUGGACAGUGAAAGACGUUGAGCUUCAGCAUCUUUACUUAGGAAGAUCACCACCUAUAAUUACUGAUAUGAGGGUUGUUCAACACUCUAAUGGCGAUGAUCACUUGGUUCUAGAAUUGGGGAUGAAUUUUCGUACCGCCGAUGAUAUGAGUGCAAUUCUUGGUGUAAAACUGAGGAAAAGACUUGGUUUUGGAAUGUGGGCCAAGUUGCAUUUGUUGGGUAUGCAUGUUGAAGGGAAGGUUUUGGUUGGGGUUAAGUUCAUCCGGAGCUGGCCUUUUAUUAGUCGUUUGCGUGUAUGCUUUGCUGCGCCUCCUUAUUUUCAAAUGACCGUGAAGCCUAUAUUCACGCACGGCCUCGAUGUAACUGAACUUCCCGGCAUUGCUGGCUGGAUCGAUAAUCUUCUGGCACUCGUGUUUGAGCAAACUCUAGUGGAGCCUAAUAUGCUUGUGGUUGACGUCGAAAAAUUUUCCUCACCGCAACCAGAAAAUUGGUUCUCAGUCGAUGCAAAGGAUCCUAUUGCGCAUGCUAUCGUAGAGGUUCUUGAAGCUACUGAGAUGAAGCCGUCAGACUUGAACGGAUUGGCUGAUCCAUACGUGAAGGGUCAAUUAGGACCUUACAGAUUUCGGACAAAGACUCAAAAGAAAACCUUAGCUCCAAAAUGGCGCGAGGAAUUCAAAAUCCCCAUCUGCUCGUGGGAAUCAGACAACAUUCUCGUCAUUGAAGUUCGUGAUAAGGACCGCAUAUUUGAUGACACAAUGGGAGAUUGUUGUGUCAACAUUAACGAACUUAGGGAUGGUCAGAGGCAUGACAUGUGGCUGCCCCUUCAGAACAUUAAGAUGGGAAGAUUGCAUCUUGCGGUGACUGUAUCUGAAGGAACUGCAAAGGUUGUAGAACCUCCACCUGAAGCAGAAAUACUCGAAGAAGACAACGUUAGAAGAAGACCCUCUUUCACCGAUGAUUCACGAAAAGACUCGUUUUCACGCGAACUAUCUGGACAAUCCUUACAAGUUGCUGAUAAAUUCGAGCCCAUCGAUAUCCAGGGACAAUCUGACACCGGGCUUUGGAUCCACCACCCGGGCAGUGAAGUUGCACAAGUGUGGGAACCCAGAAAAGGAAAAAACCGGCACCACCAAAACGGGCUCAUUCAAGGUGAGACGUGCGACCCGCACGCAAAUGAUGGCACGAGCACCGAUGAAAGCACCGAGCCCGUUAAAUCGCCUUCGAAAGUCCGGAGGGGCUUGAGAAAAAUCUCGUCGGUUUUCCACAGAGGCCCGAGGGACGAUGAUGACAAGUCGGGCCCGAUUGGUUUGGUUGAGCCUUCCCCACGUGAAAACAUAAGGGCUUCGAACGCGAAAGAAGUUGGGGUGAGGUGGAUAAUGGACGAAUCUAUUAUGUCGAAAGUUGAAGAGAGUGAGCUGGAUGGAGGGAAUGGGCCGGGAAGCCCGCGUGGCAAUGUGAAGGAUGUGGCGAAGAGUAUUUUGAAACAGGCUGGAAAAUCGGCAAGGAACUUGAAAAGCGUGCUUUCUCAGAAAGCUUCGAGAAAGUCGAGGGCUGGAGAUAAAGAGGCUUUUCCGAAGGGGGAAUCUUCGGAAGAUGACGAAGAUUCUCUUUCGUCCGUGUCUGGUGGGCCCGGUUUGGUUGUUCCGGGCUUGGCUGUACCUACUGACAGUAACUCCUCGUUCAAGUCGAGUGACGGUGUUGUCCAGACUGAAGCAAGCACUUCAUCGACAGAUAAUGUUGUGGUUCCAGCCGGUGCAAAAUCACGAGAUGAUAUGUAG